CUUCCUGUUCAUGUUAUUUUUAUUAUUUUUUAACUGGUUGAUUGCAGUUUUUGCUACAGUUUGCAGAAGCAAUGAUCUUCAGACUUGCUUUUAUUUUUUUCUUAUUUACAUCAUCAUAUGGAGAUGAGAGAGGCCCAAGAGUGAAGAGAAUAGUUGGUGGAGUUCCGGCAUUAGAACCAACUUCAGAUGAUCCCACAAUUUUUACAAAUUUUGCCGGAAAGGCUGCCAGAGUUCAUGGAGUACACGAAUUUCCCCAUUAUGUCUUUAGAGGAAUUAAAUAUGCUUUUUCUCCUGUUGGAAAAGAUAGAUUUCUGAGGCCACGAGAAAAGUUGCUCCAAGGAAUAGUAAAUGCUACUACUUAUUCUCCUCCCUGUAUACAACCACGUCCUGGCACAAAUCACGUUAUUGGUAGUGAAGAUUGUCUAGCACUUAACGUAUUCACCCCUGAAUUACCCACAGGAACGGAAGGACUUCCUGUGGUGGUUUGGAUCCAUGGUGGAGGCUUCAGAUAUGGCUCAGCUUCUCAGUAUGGGGUACGCCAUUUAGUUGGUAAACGAUUAGUCGUCGUAACAAUACAAUACCGUUUAGGAUCCUUGGGAUUUCUAAGUUCAGGAUCAAAGCAUCUUCCAGGUAAUGUUGCUUUGUGGGAUAUGGUACUAGCAGUACAAUGGGUUAGGAAUUACAUUGGAUUCUUUGGAGGUAAUCCAUACAAAAUCAUUAUAAUGGGUCAUGGUACUGGUGCUAGUAGUGCUCUUAUGGUUUCUUUGUCAAAUGUUGCAAAAGGUAUUACUUCUGGAAUAGUAGCAAUGUCCGGGACUGCAGUUUCCAGCUGGGCUACUGAUAAUACUCCACAACACACAGCAGUAGACGUAGCGUCUCAAAAUGGUUGUCCUACCGCCGAUCCCGUGACAAUGAUAAAAUGUUUACAAUCUUUACCUGCAGAGUCUAUUAUAAGGGGAGAUUCAAAUGUAGAAUUUUCGAGAAUUCAGAAUAAUGGAUUUAUGGGUAGUCUAGGAGGCCGCUUGGGUACAGCUCCUGUUACAGAAGGUCGCAAUGAUGGUAGAUCUUUACCAGGUCUUGUUCAAGAAGAAGCUAUGGAUGACAUGGACAAAGGAGUUAAUCCAAAAAUACCGCUGAUGACAGGAAUAUGUAAAGACGAAACUAAAAGGGCUGUAAAAGGUCCCUUAAAGAAAAACGUCUUGGAGAAGUUGCAGAAGAUACCUAACUUUUUGCAAAACGAUCUAGUUCAAAAAUUAAAGGAAGAUAUCCCUCUUAAAUUUAAACUAGAUUUGAAAAAGAUCAAAGAAGAUUUUCACAAAGGUUUAGCAAGUAUUGAAAAUACUCUCAGCAAACUGGUACCACCUAAUUUUAGCAACUAUGUUAAAGUAAAGAAAGGCAAUAUUUUUGAAGCUUUAGAUAAAGUGGCUGAUGUAACCAAUGAUGCCUUGUUCAAUGUUCCUGCUUUUCUGACUGUUGAUAAAUGGGCUAACAAUGGUGCUCCAACGUUUUUGUACAGUUUUGAACACAUUGGAAAAAAUAAAAAGGGACACAUAUUUCUGAAAGGUUCACCAUUAGUUGGAAAUGACACACACUAUUUUGAAGAAACUAAUGAUACUGUUGGUCAUGGAGACGACUUGGCUUAUCUAUUCGAUGCCUAUGACAUAGAAGGUAAUUCGCUGGAUCAUGAGCAUAACCUAACUGAUGAAGACAUUCAAGUACGAGAAAUUUUCACUCAAAUGAUUGCUGAUUUUGCCAGAUAUGGUGCCCCGAAAGUAAAUAACAAAGCAGUACAACCUUUCUCAGGCAAAAAGAACAAUUUUAUUCAAAUUAGACCUAAACCUGUUUUAGCGGAUAAUUUUAAAUUCUGCGAGAUGGCGCUUUGGUGUAACAUUGCAGAAAGAUUAAAAAGUACUACAUGUGAAUUUCUGAAAGCUCUAGACACGUCUUUUAAAAAUAUGCAGAAUUUUGUUCAGGGUCUUUUGUCUCAAAAAAAUCUCACCCCGGAAGCAUUAUAUAAGGAAAUAGACAAAAUAAAAGCUCUAAGUAAAUCUGGGAUUAAUAUAUUUAAUCAAAGCCAUUUGGCGAAUUUAAGUCCAGACAAAGUGUUUAAGGAUAUUAGCAAUUGGAAAGAAAAUGUUGCCAAUGGACUGAAGAAUAGAACUGACAAACUUCUUAAUGGAUUGAAUGGAAAUAAUAUAUUUGGUAAUGGUAACAAGAGUCAACAAGGAAAUAAUUUGCUCGGAUUUGGGAAUAAAGACAAUGACCAAGGAAACAAAACUCCAAAGCCUAAUUUGCUUGACUUAUUAAAUCAAAAUAAAAACAAAGACAAUGAACAAGAGAAUAAAACACCUAAGCCCAAUUUUUUAGACUUUUUAAAUAAAAAUAAGAACAAGAACAAUGAACCAGAAAACAAAACCCCAAAACCUAAUUUGUUGGACUUUUUACAUAAAAAUAAUAAGGCUACUGUACAAGAUAAUAGAACAUCCAAACCCAAUUUCUUUGACUCGUUAAAUAAUAGAAACACAAUCAACAAACCAGAAAACCAAAUACCUAUAUCUACAGCAAUCAACUUCAAUAAACAAGGAGUACAAGGAAGUAUUCAAGAUUCACAUAUAGCCAGUACCAAUCAACUGACCCAUCCUAGAUUAUUCGGAAAUGCAAACUUAGAAGCUCCAACUGAUGAGAGAGGCAACAUUGAUGUAAUAAAACACCAAAACAAUCCUAUAUAUAGGACAGCAACAAACCAGCAAGGAUUGGGGAUAAUAUUUUGAUAAGCAUUAACAAAAAAAACGAUAAUUUUUUGACAAAUUUAUUUACAUCAUUAAACUAAAAGUCAGGAUAAUAUAGAGGUUUUAUUAUAAAGAGUGAUGCACAAAAAAUGUUUCUAAGUAGGUCAUGGCCGACAAAAACAAAAUCAUGUCUGUGAUAACUACGUACGGCUCUGAAAUAAAUUAAAUCUUACACUUAAAAAGUAGAAUUGUAAGCUACGACAGGCGUUAAUUUUUUCAAGACUUACUUAAAAAAUAUGUUUUUGUUGAUCAUUCCUUUAUUUUUAGUUUCUUAAAAAAAUUAUUUCCUGUGAAAAAUAGUACCUGAAAUAAUUUUUGAAACGAAAUACGCUGUAUUAGAUGUCUAUAAAACAUGACAAAGUCAUAAGCCCGUAGAGCGACAUUUGCUAUAUUUUUUGGCUAAUUUUUUUGCUCUUGCCGUUACCGAGAAACCUUCGCCAUGCUAGUUUGAUACUUAAGCUAGAAUGGCCAAUGCUGUAUUUCUCUUUCUAUGAUAUAUGUCAGAAUCGGGUUUGCUUCAUAUUUUUUGCUAAUUUUAUGCUCUUAAAAUAUAUAUUGAUUUAUUUUUCUCUCUCCUAUAGUUCGUAAUAAACAAAAGCCACGCAGCUAUAUACUUAGAUAAGUUGGCCUAGCCAAUACUGUGUCAAGUUUUCGUGCAAAAUUUUUAUAACUUCA